UUGAACCAUGUUCUUGUUGAAUACAAGACUUCUCGCCCAGACCAGUUCCGAAGUGAACUACGCAUUUCCCCCUGGACCUUCGACCGCCUUCUCGAAUCCAUCAUCCAUGAUCCUGUGUUCUCCAACGACUCGUAUACUCCCCAAUUCCCUGUCGAGCAGCAGCUUGCAAUCGCUCUUUUUCGAUUCGGACAUUACGGCAAUGCAGCAGGUCUUAGCAAGGUCGCCCGUUGGGCCGGCGUUAGCAAAGGUUACGUUGUUGUGGCUUGCGGAAGAGUUAUUCAGGCCCUCACACGUCCACACAUGCGCAAGGCGAACAUCCGAAUGCCAAACGAGCAAGAGAAGGAAGCUGCAAAGACCUGGGUGGAGAAGCACUCCUGUCGAGGAUGGCGGGAUGGCUGGUGUCUCGUCGACGGUACCCUCAUUCCGUUGUACAGCCGCCCUCACUGGUAUGGCGAGAGCUACUUCGAUCGGAAGUGUCGAUACUCCCUGAACCUGCAG